CUGGCUGAAUGAGGGAGGGCCCAGCAUUGUUGAAGCCUGUUGCCAUGGUGCGCGGCCCAACCUGUCUCAAGCAACCGGAAGGCCAGUAAGAAGAAACCGGACCCUUAUGGGCCAUCAUGGGAAAACAUCCAGCAGAGGAAGAACCCCAGAGCUCACUAAAACCUGCCUGGGUUUCGCUCGUUGCUGUAGCACUAUCUUAACAAUCAGGGGCACAAGCCGCCUGUUGCAGACUGGAGUGACAUUCACAGGGCGCUGGAAUGAUAAGGACAGGCCUCUCCAAUUUCCUGUCCUGCUGCAAGUUUGGGCCUGGGAGCAGCCUGGUCUAAGGACGAUUCCUAGGAGCCACUCCUGCUUGCUUCUUUGAGACCGUUGGCAUUUGGGCAUAAGAACCAUGAUCUGCUUCCGCCAUCUAAGACCGCGAUGCGCUCCGCGAACAGUGAUGAAGCAUUAGGCCCUCAAUGUCCCGUCAGCACCAGAAGAACUGUCAAUGGCUUUGGUAGAAUCCACUGGGUCAGAAGCUCAUCCUGUGGCGCCGGAUCCUGCUGUGCCUCUGGUCUCCAAGAAGAAGAAGAAGAAAUGGAAGGAGAAAGCCAAAGCCCCAGGAGAAGCCAGGGACGCAGGAGAUGAGCCUCUGAAGAGCCAAGCUGAGAUCAAAGGCCUCACCAAUGCAGGCCACCAGGCCCUGUUGCUCGGGGAGGCUCAGGAGGCCUUGGCCUGCUUCAAGAAGGCCUUUCUCCUGUCACUGGAAACCCCCAGCACGCAGGUCCAGAAGGCCUGUGCUUUCAACCUGGGGGCGGUCUACGUGGAGACCGGGAAGCCGGAAAAGGGCCUGGAAUUCCUACUCAAGUCCCAGCCCAAGGAGGGGGAGGCUGGAGAGCACUUGGGGGACCUUUAUUUUAAUGUGGGGGUGGCCCACGAGGGACUAGGGGACUUCCCGAAGGCUCUAGAGCAUUUCCGCAAGGCAUUGGGUCACUACUGUCCGGCCCAGGCUGGCAACCAGGCCGGGGCCUACAUGAAGAUGGGCUACUGCUACUUGGGGAUGCAGGACCCUUCGCGAGCGGCUCAGUGUUUCCAGGACGCUGGGCGGGCCUACAUCGAGGCUGAGAGGCUAGACGGUGCCGCGGGGGCCCUGGCUGAGGCCAGUAACUACAUGUUGCAGAGCCAGUGGUACGGGGCAGGGGAGAUCAUCGAAGUGCUGAAUGAAUGCCAGCUGCUAUGUGAGAACAUCCCAAACAAAGCCUUGUUGGGCAAGCUCUACAACGAUAUCGGCCUCAGCUAUGCCCAGCUCAAGAUCUUUUCCCUGGCAGCCGAAAGCUUCGAAAAAGCCCUCCCGCUCUGCCAAGCUGACCAGACAGACCGGCGCAAGGAAGCCGUGGUGCUGCAAAACCUGGGUGCAGCCCACAACACCUUGGAGAACUUUGGCGUUGCUUUAGAGUUCCACCAAAGAGCGGCUUUGCUGCAUGGUAUGCUGGGAAACAGGAAGGCUCAAGGUCAGUGUUUUGGCAACUUGGCCUAUGCAUUCAGCCAGCUGGGGGACCAUGAGGCUGCGGGGGAGAACUACCUGCAUACUAUGCAGGCCUUCAAGGAUUCAGAUGACCUCCCCGGGCAGUGGCAGGCUUGUGAAGGACUUGGAGCUGCCUGCUUCCACUUAGGAGACCCCGAGAAGGCGAUCCUGCAUUACAAGGAGGCAUUAACGUUGCUCUCUAAAUGCCGGGGUGUUCCCGAAACGGCCCAGGAGCGGAUUGUGAACAAGCUCACAGACGCCAUCCAGUACCAGCUCUCCCUGAACAGCCGCUUCUCCCACGGGGGCGGGAUAACAGCAGCUGCCCCUCUGAAGCCCUUCCCUGGGAAGUUACAGACCUCCAGUCAGGUCCGUUUUUCCACAGCGUUGGCCCAGGGGCAGGGGAACCGACGCCAGGCCUUGCACCAGGGGAGCCAUGCGCCCUUCAUGAAGCCCGGCCCCCCUGCGCACACCACAGAGGAGCAAUGUGAGUCCGUGCCGAGGGCUCCAGUGCCUCCGAGACCUUCUCCACAGCGAAGGGCAGGGGGCGGUUUGCAGAACCCUGGGAGGCAGCCUCUGCCGGGACCAAGUUGCAGGGCUUCAGAGGGGGUUGCUGCCCAGACAACAGUCCUUGGGCAAGGAUCCAUGCAAGAUCACAGAGACCCACGCUGCCUUCCAGAGUUGAACAACUCUAUUGUGGAGUAUCACAACCAGCCCCAAGCUAACAGCAAUCUGAACAACACUUACCUACGCCCGGAUCCCUUCUACUACAACUGUCUACAGGAUGGGAGACUCCAUCAUUCAUCAAAAAAAUUCACAGGCCCUCAUGACUAUGAAACCCUCCGACUGAGAACGACGACCCUGGAGCGAGCUGCUGCUAACCCCGCUGGAUGUCUCCCCGGUGAGAGACCGGAGCCCUGGCCGCAGCAAAGGAGACGCAGGUUCGCGUCCAUAAUGUGCACGCUCAUGUGAUGGUAAAUAACAGAGGCUCAGCUUUGCUCUACUCUUUGUAAACCAGGGAUGCUUAGACGUUGUGUCAUAGGACACGGGUCACAUUGACCCCUCUCUGUCUGCAAAGCCCUCCAUAGACUUCCUCCCAGCUUCUUCCCCUCCCUAGCCACAGGGCAGCCUCCUCCUCUCCGUCUCUCCCCCACUGGUGCAGGAGCCUUCUCCUCUGCAUCCCUCGGGAGCAGCCUCCAUCUCUCCGAAUCCCCGGUUCCUUUCAACGCCGACACCGAGCCACAAGACCGGACGUCCUUCCAGAAGCUGCUGGGCUCAGCAUAGGAAUAGCUGAGUGCAACCUUUGUACCGGCCAGACUGGGGGACCACAGUGGUCCCACCGGACAUUCCAAACCCACGAUGCAAAUGUAAGUGAUAAAGUUUUCGGGGGCAAGGCCCGUGGUUUUGUUCUGUGUCUGUACAGCAGCUCACACCAUUGGGACAGGGUCCUGAGCCCUUCGGCAAUGCAACUAAUAAAAUGCAAAGGUCUCUUUCCUCCUUUCUUUCCUGCCUUUUUUCCCCUCCCGCUCUACUGCUCUUUGACUUUGCCCACUGUGCACGAAACUGGCAAUCAGUCAUCUCUGUAUAUUGCUUUGCAAUGGUUUGGCUGUUGAAUUUUACUGUAUACUAGACGAUUUACCUGGCGUUACUCAGGUCCUUCAUUCACAUAAGUUUUGUUUUUCUUCAUUUAAAUCACUGCUCUGCAGUGGGGCUGGGGAGGAGGGGUUCAGGUUGCAGGCUGCCCUGGGGAGAGAGGGCAACCCCAUCCCUCUCUCACCACAGCAGCUAGGUGGCAGGUCAGAAGCAUUUCUCCAUGCAGGAAGACCCAGGGCAGGGCUGAAGGGGAGAGAGAGAGAGAGAGAGAGAGAGAAGCGUGCGUACGCGCACACGCACACGCACACAC